UUCCUUUCUGAGAAGCAGAUUGGAGAGUUAACGAAAACGGAAAUAUAAUUUUGAUUCUGCAAAGCAAAAUUCUUCUUCCCGUCUCAAAUUUCUCGCUUAAUUGUCAAACAAGUCGUCGUUCUGAAAUCCAAUUCAAAAUACGCGGCAAAAUAUAAAAAUUUUUCUUCUGUUCUUCAACACAAAUUCAAUGGCGGCCGCAAUUAUUUUCCGAUUCUUAACUAUUUCGAGUUAGGUAGAUAAUAGGAGAGGGAUUCUUGGACGAUGGAAGAGCCUGGACAGCUAAAAAGUGCGGUGAUCAAUGCUACGGCCGGCGCAGUUGCUGGCGCUAUUUCACGAACAGUAACCUCGCCCCUCGAUGUCAUUAAGAUCAGGUUUCAGGUUCAAUUAGAGCCCACUUCUUCAUGGGCUUUGCUUCAAAGAAAUUUGUCUGGACCAUCAAAAUAUACUGGAAUGUUUCAAGCAACAAAGAAUAUAUUUAGAGAGGAAGGUUUAACGGGUUUUUGGCGUGGCAAUGUCCCAGCUUUACUUAUGGUUAUGCCUUAUACUGCCAUACAAUUUGCUGUCUUACAUAAAUUGAAAACAUUUGCAUCUGGUUCUCAGAAAGCAGAGGAUCACAUUAAUUUGAGUCCUUAUCUGUCAUACAUCAGUGGGGCAUUAGCUGGGUGUGCAGCUACUGUUGGAUCGUAUCCAUUUGAUCUUCUACGAACCAUUUUAGCCUCACAGGGGGAGCCUAAGGUGUAUCCAACCAUGUCGUCUGCAUUUCUCGAUAUAAUAAGAACUCGUGGCUUCAGGGGGUUAUAUUCUGGAUUGUCACCAACGCUAGUUGAGAUUGUCCCAUAUGCUGGCUUACAAUUUGGCACAUAUGACACGUUUAAACGUUGGACAAUGGCCUGGAAUCGGUUCAGCUCCUCCUCCACCAGCUUAGCCAGUACAGAUGAUAGCCUCUCAAGUUUUCAGCUUUUCAUCUGUGGGUUAGCAGCCGGCACAUGUGCCAAACUUGUCUGCCAUCCACUCGAUGUAGUCAAGAAAAGGUUCCAGAUUGAAGGUCUACAGAGGCAUCCAAGAUAUGGAGCCCGAGUGGAACAUCGGGCUUACAGAAAUAUGUUUGAUGCCCUACGCCGAAUCUUGCAAUCUGAGGGUUGGGCUGGUCUAUACAAAGGAAUUGUCCCGUCAACUGUCAAAGCUGCACCUGCUGGUGCUGUAACAUUUGUGGCAUAUGAGCUUACAUCAGACUGGUUAGAAUCAAUUUUAACUUGAAUCUGACCUGAAUAUUUAUUCUUUAUUAGGUUCAAAAUAUGUUUGGAUAA